AUGGUGGAAGCAUUGCUUGGAAAAGGUGCUGCUGUUGAUGCAAGGGAAGAAAGAAACUCAACCCCAUUACACAUUGCUGCACAAAAUGGUCAUAAAGAGGUGGUGGAAGCAUUGCUUGGAAAAGGUGCUACAGUUGAUGCAAGGGGGGUGAAGAACUACACCCCAUUGCACCUUGCUGCGCAAUAUGGUCAUAAAGAGGUGAUGGAAGCAUUGCUUGGAAAAGGUGCUGAUGUUGAUGCAAGGGAAGAGGACAAGUGGACCCCAUUACACAUUGCUGCACAAAAUGGUCAUAAUGAGGUGGUGGAAGCAUUGCUUGGCAAAGGUGCUGCUGUUGAUGCAAGGGAAGAUAAAAACUGGACCCCAUUACACUUGGCUGCAUAUAAAGGUCAUAAAGUGGUGGUGGAAUCAUUGCUUGGAAAAGGUGCUGCUGUUGAUGCAGAGGAAGAAGACAAGUGGACCGCAUUACACUUUGCUGCACAAAAUGGCCAUAAAGAGGUGGUGGAAGCAUUGCUUGGAUAUGGUGCUGCUGUUGAUGCAAGGGAAGAAAGAAACUCAACCCCAUUACACAUUGCUGCACAAAAUGGCCAAUUUCUCCACCACCUUCGUAACGAACCUUAUGGUGCUGCUGUUGAUGCAAGGGAAGAAAGAAACUCAACCCCAUUACACAUUGCUGCGCAAUAUGGUCAUAAAGAGGUGAUGGAAGCAUUGCUUGGAUAUGGUGCUGCUGUUGAAGCAAGAGAAGAAGACAACUGGACCCCAUUACACUUGGCUGCAAAAAAUGGUCAUAAAGAGGUGGUGGAAGCAUUGCAUGGAAAAGGUGCUGCAUUUGAUUCAAGGGAAAAUGGAAAAUGGACCCCAUUGCACAUAGCCGCAAAAAAUGGUCAUAAAGAGGUGGUGGAAGCAUUGAUUGGAAAAGGUGCUGCUGUUGAUGUAAGGGAUGAUAAAAACUGGACCCCAUUACACCUUGCUGCAGAAAAUGGCCAUAAAGAGGUGGUGGAAGCAUUGCAUGGAAAAGGGGCUGCUGUUGAUGCAAGGAAUGAUACAAACUGGACACCAUUACACAUUGCUGCAUACUAUGGCCAUAAUGAGGUGGUGGAAGCAAUGCUUGGGAAAGAUGCUGUAGUUGAUGUAAGAGGAGAAUACAACUGGACCCCAUUACACAUUGCUGCACAAAAUGGUCAUGAACAGGUGGUGGAAGCCUUGCUAGGAAAAUGUGCUGCAGUUGAUGCAAGGGAUGAUAAAAACUGGACCCCAUUACACAUUGCUGCAAAAAAUGGUCAUAAAGAGGUGGUGGAUGUGUUGGUUCGUAAUGGAGCAGAUGUCAAAGCCAAAACUCAAAAUGGGGCAACUCCAUUACAAUUGGCGGCAAAAAAUCGUCAUAAGAAGGUGGUGGAAGCAUUGCUUGGAUAUGUUGCUGCUGCUGAUGCAAGGGAAUAA